AUGAGUUGCUAUCUUCAAGUGCUGCUGAUCUGUGCUGCUGCGCUGGCAGCCAGCGGCCUGGACAUUGGUCUGCAGCAGGUGCCGGUGGUGCAACAGGUGCCAAUUGUACAGCAGGUGCCCAUCAUACAACAGCAGCCGCAGGCGCUGGGCCUGGCCGCACUGGGCGGCGGCGGCGGUGGCCUGGGUCAUGGCCUGGGCGGCGGCGUCGGAGGCUUUGGCGGCGGUGGCUUUCGCGCACGCUACGACAAGAAGGUGGUCGGUGGCUUUGGCGGUGCCGGUGUACUGGGUGGUGCGGGCGGCGGUGCGCUGCUUGGUUAA